CGUUCAGUAAUGGUCGCCAUGUUUUCAAAAUGGCCGUAUUAUUUCGCGCAUGCGUUCUCGUCGUUCUAUGCCUCGUCUGGUUACAGAUAAUCUACCCAUAUAACAUAAGGAAUCACCCAUGCUGUCUGGAACCCAACGAGAACCUGACCCUCGCGAUGAUAAUAGACGCCUUUGAGAUAUACGGCCACGAUCCCACGGACAAACUGGAUAACCUGUGGCUAUACCAGAAUGAAAUGAUGAGAAUUAAAACUGCUGAGGAUCAGUACUUAAUAAACGAACGGGUGCACAUAGCUACUGACCACCUGGGAAGAUUCAUCAAACUUCACAUCCAAGAACUAAAGGUUUUGCUGAUCACGCUAGACGAUGUCAUAGACAAUAUGAUGACCAUGUAUGAGAAUCAUAACUCAAUAGCGGCAGAAAGGAAAGCCACUUACACCGGAGGACCAGUUCCCAUGGAGUUUUAUAUCAGCCAAGAGUUCUACUGCGGAAAGAAUGUUUACAUAUUCCUGUCGGAGCUAUACAGCGAUAUUUAUAACAUGGGUAAAGGUACGCCUCCCUACUGUAAGGACAGAUCAUUUGUCUUCAUGGGCUUCCUACAUUACCACGACGAGCAGAAAUAUUACCUUAUUGAUGACCCCAGUAUUUCAUUUCCAACUGAUAACUACAUACAUGGAUUGGAAUGUCAUAUUGGCAUUUGUAUAUUCAGGUUUCCAUUCAAGAAACUCCUGCAGCGCGAGCGAGACGUCUCGACUCUACCGAAGGCGAUAGUCAAAUGCGGUUUAAUUAUGUAUAAACUACCGCCGCUUUCUGCUGCGUUGUGUAUCAUUACUUCCGGUUCCUUUAUUUUGGAUUUUAAUAUUCAAGGGAUCAGGUAUAGGCACCACGACUACUUAUUGACGACACCGAAUGGAAACACGUACUAUACAAAAGAAAAUAUUACUCCACUGGUGUGCGACCACCACGUUUGUGAGUGGAACUACACGAAUCAUUAUGGAGGGCCGUUCCUUAUUCCGGGUGAUCCUGGAACUGGGAUAGAUCCAGUCCCACCGUAUAUAGAACCAACUGUUAAACCAACCGAAGGGGAGGAAGAAGAUAAUAUCACUGUCCCAUAUAUCCUGGAAGGAUGCUUGUUCAUGUACCCGCCGAACUACGGGUCUAUAGCUGGCAAGAGCUACCUAGACUCAGUCGAGCUGCAUGACGAUCGAUUUACUUGUACAGGCUCCCCCGGAAGUAAGGGUCUCUACUGGUAUCCACAAUGGAUGGGAAGCGUGCCGCACCAUCCAUACUCCUCAAUAGACGACAAGGGCGCCUACGAUUCGUCUGAUCCCUAUUACACUCAUCAGAACUACAAGUUGGAAGAAGACGACACUGACACGUAAAAAAUAAAAUGGUUGCUGUAUUAAAUAGCA